AUGGAAAACAGAAGGACCGAAAGUAAUGUUAUCGAGAGUGAACCGGAAGAGGAAAACGAAGAUGAAUCAGAAAUAGUGAUGAAUGUGGAAGAUCCUGAUGUCUGUGUAGUCGACUCGGAAGUAAAGACACCAAAAUCUCUAAAACAAAAGUCUGUCAAAAGACCAAAAAUGUCUUUUGAAGACAACUUAUUACAAAUGUUGAAAGGUAGAAAAGUUGAAGAUCCAGUUUCUUCUUUUCUCAUGUCGUUGGCGCCACAAAUCAGAAUGUUAAAUCAAGAAAAACAAAAUCAAAUUUUUAUUGAAUUCUUGCAGACCAUACAAAGAGUUUCUUCUACAAACCCUAACCAAAGUACAUACAUUCCCCCAACAGCUAAUAAUGUUGUGAACUGGCCCAUACAACACCGCGCCUCAACUUUCUAUGACCGUUCUUAUAACACAUAUCCGACCGCAAUAAACCAUCAUCCUAAUCAUCUCGACAUAACACCAGCUUCAUCCUCGUUAACUUCUUCAGGACUAGAUCCUUACCAAUUGGUAUCUCCUGCGAGUGAUGCCAACCCACAUCAAUACUAUGAUUGUCAUACAAAUUCGUCUCAAACAGUAACAGCUCCUGGUUCUCCAUCGACAACACCCUUCAAUUAUUCAAGACUGAAUAACACCAAUAAAUAA